AUGGCUUCAGACAAGGGCCAAAAGACGCCCUCUCCACCAAGGUCAAGGUCCUCCCAUUCCCCUCAAAGUGGGCCGCCUGCCACAACCAGACUGUCGGGUCCUUCGGAAGCAUCGGAUGUGAACGCCUCAAGCCCUUCAGACGAGGCGGCGAGACGAUCCCCAGCAGCCAAUGAAGGAGAUGAACCAAGGCCAGCACCACUGCAAGUUGAUGAAGACGCUAUUCGUGAGAACUAUGCAGACUCUGCCUACAACUCGGAUUCUGAAUCUGCCUACACAGCAUCAGUCACCUCGUCCAUCUACCACUAUCAGUACGAAAAUGGCCGCCGAUACCACGCAUAUCGCGAAGGCCAAUAUGUGCUACCCAACGAUGACCAGGAACAGCAACGUCUCGAUCUACAGCAUCACAUCUGGCGCCUACUCCUCGGAGGUCACCUCUACGCUGCUCCCCUGCCGGACCCCGCGGAACAGCGAGAUUUUCGUAUCCUAGAUCUCGGAACCGGCACAGGCAUUUGGGCAAUUGAGGUGGCUGAUGAGUUCCCCAACGCCCUCGUCAACGGUGUCGACCUGUCGCCCAUCCAGCCCGAGUGGGUGCCCGGCAACUGCUCAUUCCAUGUUGAUGACUACGAAGACGAGUGGACAUAUCGCGAGAAUGAAAAGUUCGACUACAUCCACGGCCGUGCCCUGAGCGGAACAUCGGCCAAUUGGUCACGAUUCUACGAUCAGGCCCUACAGAAUCUCAAACCGGGCGGUUGGAUGGAGAUGCAAGAGUACGAUGCGUGGAUCUUUAGUGACGACGACAGCUGUGAUCGCGCGCCAUGGACGAUGGAAUGGGUUGACAAGCUGGACGAGGGGAGCAAGUUGUUUGGAAAGCAGAUCAAUGUGGCCAAGUAUCACAAGCAGUGGAUGAUAGAUGCUGGCUUCGAAGACGUCAAGGAGCGUGUGCACCGGAUACCCAUCGGACCAUGGGCCAAGGAUCCGGCGCUCAAGGAGCUCGGUCGGUUCGAGCUCAACCACAUGCAGAUGUCAGUUGAGUCACAUACUCCGGCCCUGUUUACGCGUGUUUGGAACUAUUCACACGACCAAGUGAUGGUUUUGAUGGAGGGAGUAAAGAGGGAGUUCCGGAGUAAGGAUUUGCGGUUAAUUACGAGUUACCGAUUCAUUACCGGUCGUAAACCGGAGUCGACAGUCUGA